ACCAAGAAAACACAAGCACAAAAAAUCCGAAAAAUGUGCGAAUUUAAUGAUCUUGGACUGGCAUCUCAGCAGGGAUUUGCGAUGGUUCUUCACUUGAUGACUGUUAUUCAGGUGCCCGUACACCUUUUCGGUGGAUAUGUGAUUUUGUUCAAGACACCGCAGAAAAUGAAGUCGGUGAAGAUGAGCAUGUUUUUGCUCCAUUUUUGGAGCUCCCUCCUCGACAUCACCAUUUGUUUCCUUAUUGUCCCAUAUGUAAUAUUUCCGAUUCCCGGAGGUAUUCCUCUCGGAUUCCUCUCAUUUUUGGGUGUCCCACCUGGAUAUCAGGCAUCUAUUCUGAUAAUCUGCGCCUCGUACACCGCGAUUUCUAUAAUCAAUUUCUACAAAAAUCGACAUCAUUCUAUGAAACAUGGCCCAAAUUCUCAGAAUUUGAAAACUCGCCUUUGUCGAUAUGUAUACAUCGCUGCGAACUGCGUGGCGGCCGUGGCGUUUUUGGUUCCAAUUUAUAUUUUACAUCCGGGGCAGCGAGAUAUUCAAAAAUAUACAAUAGAGACCAUCCCAUGCCUCCCGCCAAAAAUCUACGAAAACCCAAAUUUCUUCGUCGCCUCCACAAGCAUCUCGUUUAUACUUCUAGAUAUGGGCCUGCUCUCCAUAUUCGUCUUUGCUCAAAUCAUAUUUCUCAUCGUCUAUUCCGUAAAGGAACUGCAAAAACGUCUUAAAAACCUGUCAAAAGUGACGUCAACUCUGCAAAAACGGUUCUCGAAUGCUCUCUACGCGCAAGUGUCGAUUCCGAUGAUCGCCUACGCAUUUCCGACGGUUUACGUGUUUUUUUCGUGGAUUUUCGGGAGCUUCAGUCAGGCUUGCAACAAUUUUGUGUUUAUAAGCCUGGCAUUUCACGGACUUUUAUCGACAUUUACCACGUUGGCGGUGCAUAAACCGUACAGGGAGUCGCUGAAGGUCUUUCUGCCGACUUGUAUGACGUGGAGGGCAAAAAGUCGCGUUUCUAGUGUCCGGGAAGUUCAGUUGUCUGCAAUUGUAGCAAUUGUAUGAAUUUUCUUUUUUAAAUUUGUUACUGUUUAAUAAAUUUCUCAAAUUUUAAA